CCGGACUACAUUUACACCCACCCUACAUUUACACCCACGCCGUUUAGUCUUAUAUCGGACGAGGAACCUGAAAUAUCUUAAAUCUUUCUUAUGGAUCAGAAUUUUUGUGAUGAAUACAGGAAACUGCUGUAACGGUUUAUGUCAAAAACGAUAUACAGUUAUCAAAGACAACACAAUCAGGUUAGAAGAUAAUGGCAAGUUCUGAUUACGAAUCGACACCAGAGACAACGAAUGCUAACAGAGCUUGUCGUGCUGUACUCGGGCCCUGUACAGACGGGCUGCGUGACACACUGCGUCACUACGUCCCACCACACACAUUCCCUAAUGUCAUCAAACUAAACAAACUCAAUCUUCCACGACUGACAAAAGAUCAGCGUGACCUAAUAUUACCUCGUCAUGGAAAUUAUACAGGGUGCUAUGAUGAUAUGGACGUAUCUUUACUGUAUAUCUUAUUGAGAAAUAUAUCUGGCAUAUCUCCUCACUCCAAGGGCUGGGGCAACGAUCCCGACACCCAUGACACGAGUCUCUCAGCCAACAUUGAGAGAAUUCGAUUGGUCCGGAAUCGUUGUGUUCACUCAUCUGAUCCAUCCAUGUCCAACACAGACUUUAACUCCAUCUGGUCCACCAUUAGAUCGACAAUGGUAGAUCUGGAUGCCUUCCUUGUGAAUGGAAACAAAUAUGAAAAGGAGGUCGAUUUCCUACAUUAUGAGUCAAUGGACCCCGAGCGUGACCUACAAUACGAAGAAGAUCUGAGGAAGCAGGUGGAGGAAGAUGAGACGACCAGGGAAAUGGUGGUCAACCUCGAGAAAGAAACUGCUGAGGAAACCAGGAGAUUGGAUGGGAGGAUAGAAGACACAUCAGAGAGAGUGGAGAAGUUGGAUGAUAAAAUGGAGAAACUAACAAAGUCCCCCAUUAUUCCACCAAAUGUGAGAGAGCAAUACGAUAUUGACAUUCAGAAAUGGAGGGAGGAAGACAAGCUUUACUAUGAAACCCACAGCUUCCCGUCAGUGAUGCAGAAAGUGAGAAAUCAAACUUACGCAACGUUUGUUGGUGUGCCGGGGUCUGGGAAGUCUACGACAGCUCACCACAUCGCCCUCAAGCUCCAGGAGGAAGGUUACGAGGUUGUACCAGUUGACGAAAUCAGAGAGAUAAAGCAAUACUGUGACACAAAGAAUCCACAGGUUUUUGUUAUUGAUGAUGUGGUGGGUGUCUUUGGCCUCCAGAAAACUAAAUUAGAUAUGUUGACUAAUUAUCAACAAAAAAUGACACAGCCUUGCAUGGUUAGGUCUAGAACUUUGAUGACAUGUAGAGAGGCUGUGUUUAAUGAGACACUACCUUACAAACCAUUCCUUACCAAAGACGAGAAUGUGAUUAGGUUACACAGUUCUGAUAAUGCAUUAGAUGACAAAGACAAAAAGGAGAUUCUUAAGAAGUAUAGUUUAGAUGUAGAUCUGAUGUCGCCUGCAUUGCUGAAAUCAACAUCUCACAUGUUUCCUCUUCUCUGUAAAUUGUUCUCAAAGGAAACAAAAUUCCAAGCUCUUGGUUCAAAGUUUUUUCUCAAUCCAGUCCAAUGUAUCAUUAAUGAACUUGAUGAUAUGCAAAGGCAUAACAAAUUGAAUUAUGCAACACUUGUUUUGUGUAUGUUACAUGAAAACAGCCUCUCAAAAAACAUUUUAAAGGAUAAACAUUGUAUUGAUGUGAAAAUGAAUGUCUUGGAAAAUUGUAGAUUAGAGCACUACACUGAUACUUUCAAGUUUAUGGAUGCUUUGUCAGCAAUGGAGGGGACAUACACAAAACAGUGUGGUGCAAAAUACACAUUUAUACAUGACUCCAUGUUUGAAAUAUGUGCUUAUCAGUAUGGCAAACAGUUUCCUGACCAAAUGUUGCUGUGUAUGAGUAGUAGUUAUAUUGCUAAUUAUGUCAAACCACAGAAAAGUGAACCAGUUAUUGUUAACAAAAUGAAAGUGAAACAGAGUGAGUCUGAAUCUCAUAAGGGCAUAGAGGGUAGCAAUGCUAGUGAAGGAAAAAAGAAGGAGAGCGAUGAUAAAAACAGUGAGAGAGAGGAACCGUUUGAUCUGUGUAUAAGGUUACGCGAGGAUCAGUACCCACUGUUAGCAGAGAGAUUGUACAGAGAUAUACAGAACAUGGAGUUGUAUGAUGUUUUCAGGAAUCAGGUUUUAAAACAUCACCAUGUGUGUCAGGCUUUUAUUGGUGUGUUGGAGACAAAGUCUUACAGAGAAUUGAAAUCCUUAUUUCUGUCCAGUCAGGCAGAGGUAGAUAAGAUAGUGAGUAAACCAGAGUGUAGGGAGGAGGAGAGGAAUGAGUGGGUUAGACAGCUGGUGCUGAUAGAUCGGCGGCUUAAACGGGAUGAUAAGGGGAAAACGUUAAAUGAAUUCAUGCACAAUGUGAGAGUGAUCAGCUGGGUGAUUUACUAUGGACAUCAUCGUAUCCUACAGUUCAUAGUACAACAGACUGAACAACACAAUGAAAUAAGUGAAUUAUUUGAGAUAACAGGAAAUACUCCACAUCAAUCUAAAUCUGGGAUGUAUACAUGUAAUGAACAGGAAAGUUUAAACAAUAGGCUUGUAGAAGAGUAUAAAUUACUUCUGUUGAGUUGUUUUAGUGGUGAUGUACAGACAGUCCGAGUUCUACUUCCUCUCUGUAAGAAAGCAAUUAAUAGUGGAGGUCAGAUCAGUACUUACUGGUCUCAAUAUUCACCCCUUACUGCUGCAUGUGAGGGAGGACAUGUAAGUAUAGUGAAGGAGCUGGUAAAGGCUGGGGCUGAUAUUAGUCUACAGGAUACAUGGUGGAAUACAUCACUAAUAGCUGCAUGUAAGGCAGGACAUGUGACUGUGGUGGAGGAGCUGGUGAAGGCGGGGGCUGAUGUCAAUAUAAAGGUUAUGUUUACGAAUACACCACUGAUAGCUGCAUGUGAGGAAGGACAUGCGCGUGUGGUGGAGGAGCUGGUGAAGGCGGGGGCUGAUGUCAAUCUACAGGAUACAUUGGGGAAUACACCACUGAUAGCUGCAUGUUAUGGAGGACAUGAGAGUGUGGUGGAGGAUCUGGUGAAGGUGGGGGCUGAUAUCAAUCUGCAGGAUAGGCAGAUGCAUACACCACUGAUAGCUGCAUGUGACAGAGGACAUGUGAGUGUGGUGAGGGAACUGAUGAAGGCAGGGGCUGAUAUCAAUCUACAGAGUAUUAACAGCGACAUACCACUGAUCACUGCGUGUAAGGGAGGACAUGUGAGUGUGGUGGAGGAGCUGGUGAAAGCGGGGGCUGAUGUCAAUCUACAGGAUAGACAAGGGGAUAAACCAAUGUUAGCUGCAGCAAGAAAGGGUUCUUUAUCAACAGUGAAAUGUCUAGUAGAACACGGGGUUGACUGGGUUACUCAGGUUGUUAAUAUCAAUGUAUCACUAGUAUAUAGAGCAUUAAUACAGAACAAACCAGAUCUAGUGAAAUAUCUCACACAGGAACAAAAUAAAAUCAACCCUGGUAAAUUGAAUGGAAAUGUACACCUAUUUAACUGUCUGGUGGACAUCAGACAUGCUAGAGUUAAAACAGACAGUAAGGAUGAUGUAGUGGUGACAGACAGAUCAGUGUGGUUUAUGAAUAUAUUGGGAUAUUUGUGGUGGACAAUCAUAGGGGAAGCCUGUGAUGAACUGAGUCAUCUGUUGUGUGUAGGUCUCAAUGUCAAUCAGUCGAUACAGUUGUAUGUGUUCAAUGAUAAGUCUAAUGUGAAACCUCUUUUGUAUACACUGAUUCAUGAGUGGUAUGUUCGUUAUAGAGUGGAGAAGGUGAGGAUCCUGCUGGGGGCGGGCGCAGACGUCAAUAUCAGGAUGAGGUAUAGUGCGUGUGACUCUGUGUUAGACAGGGUGGGCGUGUCUGUUCUAGAGAUGACGAGGCGACUGCUGUGUAAGUACAGUGUUGACUGUAAGUACAGAGUGCCAGAGUACAAGAGUGUGAUGUGUGAGAUAAAGAAACAUGUCAGAAGACAUUCUGUAUAGCCCCAGUUAGAAUGGUAGAGAGAUGUUGUUACUGAGUACAAGAGAGUGAUUGAUAUGUGAGAUAAAGAAACAUAUCAGAAGACACUCUGUGUAGCCCCAGUUAGAAUGGUAGAGAGAUGUUGUUACUGGGUACAAGAGAUAAAGAAUCAUGUCAGAAGACACUCUGUAUAGUCCCUGAUAGAAUUGUAGAGAUAUAUUGUUACCGAGUACAAGAGGGUGUUGUUUGACUCUGCUUCGGACUAUACAUGUUUAUUAUCCAUAGAAUCAGUAUAUAGUACUUCUAGUUCAUUAUUUUGGACGAUUGAAAUAAAUAAAUAUAGACUAUACAUGUG